UUAUAUGGUCAAAACGAUUUCGCAAUACUUGGAGCAGCAACAAAACAUACACAAGACUUCCAUCAACUAACUUAUUUGGUCAACGAAAAAUACGGACAUUUUACUCCCAACUUUUUUUUAUACUUUUGAUGGGCAAUUGACGACACCUUAAAAAAAAAAAACAGACAAGGUAACGUCGUUGAUUUGACUCCAGCAACUCCAGUCUGCAGGAGUGCGUCCAGACACCCAUUCAUCCAGAGUGCCACCCAACCAGCACGCCAGUCAUAGCAGACGGACAGUGAGGCGAGCGGUCAGCAGAUCCGAACCAAAUGAGCAAGAGGUCGCAGCAGACGAUAAACACGGAGCAGAACAGAGGGACUGUUAGUGUGAUCCAGGGCCAGGCUAGUGGAACAACAACAACAACAAGACCACCAGGAGGAAGCUUACAGCUGGUACCCCAGCUAGUCCCUGCCACCCCAGCCGAAGGAGGAGGCAAGGCCAAGAUGAAGAAGACGUCGGGGGACAAGGACAGUGACGAGUACCGUCAGCGGCGGGAGCGGAACAACCUGGCGGUUAAGAAGAGCAGGAUGAGAUCCAAGCAGAAGGCCCAGGACACGCAGCAACGUGUCAACGAGCUGAAAGAGGAGAACGAGAGGCUGGAGGCCAAGAUCAAGCUGCUCAGCAAAGAGCUGUCUGUCCUCAAGGACCUCUUCCUGGAACACGCCCACAACCUGGCCGACAACGUCCAAGCGCCUGGCGCGGAGGGGGCCAGCCCCGCCCACAACAACAACAACAACAAUGGGGCGUGUAACAACAACAACAACAGCCAGUGAGAAGAGGGCAGGGACAUGAAAUAUGAUACCUCAUGGUUGAGUGCUUCCCAAAUGGCACCCUAUUUCCCCAUAGGGCCCUGGUCUAAAGUAGUGCACUAUGAAGGGAAUAGGGUGCCAUUUUGAGUCAACCAGGGUGAUGGUAAAUAGACAGCUCGCCACUGCUUCUAAACCAUACUGGAGUUUCUUCCUCUGGUUCCUCCCAGAGAUGAUAUAUACUGGCAGAGAGAUUUCACUGUUGUCUUCUUUGUGCGUUCAGAUUGGUUCACAAUGAUGAGAUUUCUUCUUUUUUUUUAAAGAGUUUCGGGUCAGGAAUGGUCCACUUUUUUUUUAUUUUUUUGUUUUUACAAUUUGGAGACAUUUCUAAAGAAAUGUUGUGUUGAGUCACAAGAUAAACUAUUCACUAGUUAAGAUGUGGGUGAGGGGGGGAAAGUAUAUAUUUUAUUAUUUUUGGUUUCUUGUUCCUUUUAAAAGAAUGUUUGGUGAACUAGCUACCAUUUUGUCUGGCGUUUUUAGUAUUGUCAGUACAUUCACUACGGUUGAAGUUAAUCAGAAUGAUGCCUGUUUUUUUUGGGGGGGGGAUGCGUCUGUUGGCUUCAGAUAUGCACACGUUGUACAUUUUUAUUUUUAUUUACAUUUUAUUUUUAAAUAUAUAUUUUGUUGUUUCCUAAUCGAAUGGCUUUACUUCUGCUUUGAGCUGUUUUGGGUGGAAGAGGACUGUAAAUAUCAAGACUCAAAUACAAAGAGGUAGGAUUGGACCCAAAGCUUAACUUAAGAUCAGAACGCUUAAACCUUAUUUUUUUUUCUUGUGCUUUUGCUUGUUGACGUCAAAUGGGAGCUUUUCAUAAUCUCGAGUUAGGUUUCAGGCCUGUGUGAGAUACAGUCAGUCGCUGUGUUUAUUUACCCAUAGUUCCAACAGGCCUCAGACCAGCCCUUUCAGUCAGAGACCCAGAUAGACAGAGGUGGCGUCUCAAACAGCGCCCUGUUCCCUAGACGGUGCACUAGUUUCGACCCCUAUGUGGCGCUGCUCAACAAAAAAGAAGGUACAAAUGUCGUUCGCUAAAUAAGGAAUUGGGGUGCCAUUUGGGAUACAGGCUGGGGGGCAGAGGUGUGUUCGGGGGGGCAGGCAGGCAGAGGUGUGUUCGCAGUUAAGGAGUGUCCCAGCCCAGACUAGACAGCCCAGCCUAUCAUGCAACCUCCGUGGGAUUAAACUCCAGACGUUUCGCACGGCGUCACAGGCCGCCGCUAAUUCAAAGUUAAGCCUUUCUCCAAACCAACCCUAAAAACCUGGAGAGAAAGACAGAACAACAGGACAAUGAGCCAUUCUGUCUGUCUGGGCGUUGGGGAUGCUAAAUGACCUCCUAAUUGGCCCCGGCUCGCUAGAACAGAACGAGGCACGUUGGCUCCCGCCUCCAGUGGUGUCAGGCUCAGUUGGAGGCUCAGUCGGAGGCUCAGUCAGUCAGAAUGUGUAGAGGGAAAGGCAGGCUCAGUCAGAGGCUAUCAGAAUGUGUAGAAAGAAAGGCAGACACCUGAUUUGUUUUUUUUUGUGUGUGUUUUGUUUCUGUUGUCAGACUUGAGUUAUUAUCCAGCUGUAGGAUUGUCUCCUCUGAAACAACGGCAUAUUCUGAUGUGAUGAGGAUGACGAUGAUGAUGUAUUUGGCCAGAGGAGUCGACGUUGAGUGUCUGUGAUUUAUAGGAUGCGUCCCCAAUGGCACCCUGUCCCCGAUUUUAUAGUGCACUACUUUUUUGAGUAGAGCCUUGUCAACAGGCAGUGCACUCUAUAACAUCUAGGGUGUCUCUUGGCUGUUGUAGACUUCUGUACCUCAGGCUACCAGUAUUAGCCACACCAAACAGGGCCUUUUUCUUUCUCAACAACACCUCUGAAGCAUCUUUUCAAUUGUUUUUUUGUAGUCUUUGUUUUUCUACAACUUGGAUUUUUAAAAAGCAGCAUGAUGGAAGUGGUUUGCAUGGGGGGGAAACUGUUCAAAUAUGUCUUUUUUUUGCACUACAAAAAAGAGAAACGAUAGCAAAUAUAGGGCAUAUUGAAACUAUUCUCUUCAACAUGUUGUGCUGUGUUGUUGAACAGAAGAUCAUACUAAAUUGAAAAUAAAAAUAAUGUCUGAAAUUCAAUAGAAAAAUAUUUUGUAAAAAAAAAAAAAUGUGACAAAUUUGAUAAAUAUUUCCAUGAAUAUUUGUUUUGGUUUGAAUGUUGCUGGGCAGCAUUUUCUCUUAGCUAGACUUGCUCUUUUUUUAUAAGAUUAUAUUGGGGUAACGUGCAUUUGUAAAUUAAAAUUGAGUACAAACUUUCAA